AUGGGUGGAAAAAUUGAUAGAACUAUUAACAACGGAACAUCGCCGCCUAUAUUCCGUAUAAAUGGUCAAAAUUUUCAUCGGAUUGGAAGCUUAUUACCUUCACAUGGCAUUCAGCCAAAAUUUGCCCAAUUAUACAUUCACGAUACAGAGAAUGAGAUAGAAAAUCGCUUCAACUCUUUGAGGGCCGAAAACAAUGGUUCUACAUUGCAUAUUGAGGUAGUACAUGACAUUAAGCAAGUCUUAGAUGAACACAAUGUGUUGGUUAAGUCAUUCCGAAUGGCCAAGUCAUUUAUGGAAUCUAAUCCUCAAAGUCAAAUUAGAAUGAGAUUAAUAGGAAAGAGGACUAAAGAUGCCCGGACUUAUGCAUUACCAACUACUUCCGAGGUUGCGGCACUCAUUGUUGGAGAUAUAGACCCUUACAUGGGGCAGCGGGAUAUUGUUGUCGAGUGUAGAUCUGGAGUCCUGAAACGAAUAAAUGAAUUAAACCCGGCCUAUUUACCAUUGCAAUACCCAAUCUUAUUUCCAUACGGAGAGGAUAGUUUUAGGGAAGAUAUACAUUUUGCAACACUUGGUACAAAACAAGAUUUUGCAAGAAAGAGUGUUUCACAAAGAGAGUACUUCGCGUUCCGUAUCCACGAAAGAUCAAAUGAGAUCUCAACAAUAAUGUAUGCUAAAAGGUUAUUCCAACAAUUAUUGGUUGAUGCGUAUACUAUGGUUGAAUCUUCGAGGUUGCUCUAUAUUAGGUCAAAUCAAAAAGCUUUGAGGUGUGAGGCGUACAAAGGUCUGUCUGAUGCGUUGACGCGAGGUGAAGUUCAACCCAGCUCUCAAGGUAAAAGAAUAAUAUUACCAUCAAGUUUCACGGGAGGAGCAAGAUACAUGAUACAAAACUACCAAGAUGCCAUCGCAAUUUGCAGAUUUAUAGGUUAUCCAAAUAUGUUUAUUACUUUUACAUGUGAUCCUAAAUGGCCCGAGAUACAACGCUUCUUGGAGAAAAGAAAUUUGAAAGCUGAAGAUCGUCCGGACAUUGUCUGCCGUGUUUUCAAAAUGAAGCUAGACUGUUUAAUUAAAGAAAUAAAAAAUGGGAAACUAUUUGGUCGCGUAAAGGCAGUUAUAUACACAAUUGAGUUUCAAAAACGUGGUCUUCCGCAUGCUCACAUAUUACUGUUCCUACAUGCGACCAGCGACUUUGCCAACCCGGCUUUUAUGGACACGAUCAUUUCAGCCGAGAUUCCCGACAAGCUGACAGACAUUGAGUAUUACAAAGCUGUCGAAGAAUUCAUGUUGCACGGCCCCUGUGGCGCUGCCAGGAGUAAAUCCCCGUGCAUGGCAAAUAGCAAGUAUUCGAAGCAUUUUCCAAAAAGAUACAUUGAUGCAUCACAUUUUGACCAAGAUGGUUACCCGUUGUAUCGAAGAAGGGAUGAUAAGAGGACAAUUAAAAAAGAAUGGAAUAGAGUUGGAUAA